AGGUGAAGCAUUCCUCGCCGUUAUAGUCUAUUAAUAUUGUAAUGCCCAAUAGCCUGCACGCGGUGACGCAUCAUGCAAUGCUGAGGCAUAGGCUUUAAUACUUUUCGUAUCUCUACCAAGCUUCAGUCCUUUCUCAUUGAUCGACCACAGCCUUUUCACCAGUCCCAACCAACGGCAACACAAGAGUUCUAUGGCAGGCAGCAUAAGCAGGCUCGUUCAGCAGCACCAUGAACGAGGCAGAAGACAAGAGCGAACAAGGCACAAUGAGCUUCGGACAACAAAGACAAGCGAGUUCUACUCAACCAACAGUUGCAGUAAUCGCAGACGACGAAAGCUGGUCCGAAGACAAGAUUUCCUUUAACGAAACGAACAGCGAAUCGACCCCGCUACGAACCUUGACGGCAGACUGCCCGAAUCCUCCAGAGUUCUACAACGCCAGCGAGAUUUAUCCUGAAGUGGUCAGAGACGGGACAGCGCUCCCGGAAGUCAUCGCCAGAAAGCACUCCUACUCAAGCAAAGAAAACCUCCAGACACUAAGCGCCGAUAACCCAACACGGCAGAAGCGAAACCGGCUGCGCUUCUGGAUACUUGUGGGACUACUGGCAGUCGUCAUCAUCGCGACCGUGAUUGGAGGAGUUGUCGGAUGCACGUUACGAGAGAAACCCAGCACGAAGACGAAGAUCCUGAACACGACCGCGCUGGCGUCAGUGAGCUAUAAGCGGGCAGACGGUGUGUCGCAGUACCGAGUCUAUUUCCAGGCCGAAUCUGGGGCGCUCUGGCAGACGGUGUGGGAUUCUGCGACGGAGAAGUGGGCUGCGUCGCCGUUGAAAGAGAGGGGGGUGGCGGAUGUGGCAGGCGAGCCGGAGGUAAAGCGGGGUACGCCGCUGGCUGCUCAUGUUUAUGGCUCGGUGGAGAGCGAGGAAUACGAAUACCACCUCUUCUUCCUGGACGUCUCCAACAAGAUCUGGGAGCUCGUAUCCACAAACCCCGAACGCAUGUGGGACUUUUCCCCAAAAGGUGCCUUGAAAGGCAACUACACAGCAGCAGCAAGCUCGAACCUGGCGUCGUACGGCAGGCAGUGCGGGCAAGAAUGCGGGAACGCCACAUCUGUUGUCGUAUGGCAGAGCAGCGAUAGCGAGAUAUGGCUAGCCGGCUACGAGCCUGGCUAUGGCUGGGUGUCGUUUUCUAUGAAUGCCACGGUCGAGCCACCGCCUGUGCAAGGCACGGCUAUUGCUGUUGUGUCGUUGGGGGCUAGUGAGGGCGUGAUGAGCGUGUACGUUAAUAAUGGGAGCCCGACGCGGUUGCGUUUUAAUAUCACGGACGGGUGGACGGUGGACGGCAGCCUCGGUGGAAGCAUUGCCCCGGAUGCAGCUCUCGCCGGGUUGAUUACCAACUACGACGAUGCAAACACUGAGACGGCGGACGUCAAGGUUUUGGCAACCAGGCCCGAGUCCUCAGGCGGGAUUUUGCUGUGGCAAGAUGGAAAGCUCGACACCUCGUGGUUGAACGGUAAUGCUGAUCCGCCUUUGUUUUCGGUGUCUAAUUUCUCGGCUAUUACAUCGAAUCAAGCGGGAAGAGUGUACGCUUUGGAGGAAACGCAGAUUACUGAGUGGCGAUGGAAAAGUAGUAACGGCUCUUUUGUUCGGGUUGGGUAUGUAAUUACGAAUUAACGAGAUAGGUAUAAUAAGACACUUCAAAAUAAGCAGACAUGG